UUGUUAUCGGUGUUGUUGCUAGAAGAUUGUGGAAUCAGGGAGUGGUGGGUGCCAAGCAUUUGAUAUUAAAUCCCCUGGACCAGAACAGCGGUUCGGUGUUUGAAGUCGGAAGCAUGUUAGCUUCAAAACAAUUGUUAGGGUGUCUUCUGAGAUCGACGGCUCACAUACGCAAUAGUUUGGAUAGAAGCGCCUCAUCAUGGCAGAUAAUGGCCGGUGCAAUUCUGGAGCGGCCUGCAACGCUAGUCGUUCCUUUUAGUCCUUUACAGAAAGCCUACCUCGACAUGCUCACUGAACUCGAGGCGGAGCAUUCGCUCCUCAGCGACCAUGAACUCAAGGCUUUGGAGGAGAAGAAAGCUUUGGCGAAGGCCACGAAGUCGGCUGGGGCAGCUGCUACUCGAAUAAAAUUAGCUGAUGAUCUUGUCAACGAAUGGAAGGCUGAAUUAGAAGCAUUUAAAAAACGGUACCAUUGCAAACCUCAAACGGACCACAAAUUGGACGACAUUAACAGACACACCGAUAAAGCACUUACUCUGUUGGUACUGCGAAAGAUUGGAGAUAAAGAACACUGGCUGUUUCCGAUAGUUGACAAUAAGGAGAACGAAACUUUAAGACAGACGGCAGAGCGCGCAAUUUUGGAAUGCUUCGGCGAUUCGAUGUCAAUUAAAACUCUGGGAAAUGCUCCAGUGGCUUUCUACAAGUAUAAAUAUCCAAAGGCAGUGCAAGAAAAAACUAGAAAAGAGGGUGCCAAGGUGUUUUACAUCAAAAUGAACUAUAUCUCUGGGAUGCCGAAGCUUAAAACGGAGUUCGGUUCCAAGAUUAUUUGGUCUACUUACGACGAAAUGUUGGAACGCCUGCCGCCUAUUGUUAAAAAAGCUGUUAAGCCCUCUUUCUUUGUUACACCGAACAUCGAUUUCACCCUCUUCUUGGAUGCGAUUGCUCAGAAGGACGAGCUCCGAAAGCGACAUCUCAUUAAAGAGUAGUCGUUCGCUUAGGUAAAUUGAACGGUGUGUGUGCUAUCGAUUAAUAUAGGUGUAAAUAAAUAAUUUCUUAUAAUAAUAAAUGUAUCCU